AUCUCACACACAACACUGAGCUUCUGCCGGUGACCUGACGACUCCCGCCCCUCCUUAAAUCUAUCUUAUCGCCCCCCCCCUAGUCGCCAGGGAUGAGUUCCAACGGCGGCUUUGCCGACCUCUUCAGCCUUGGGACCGCGAGCACGACAAAUACCGGCCGAAGAUCCACCUCGACCAUUCGAUCGCGCAACCGCCGUCUGAUCUCAUUCACAGAGGAUGAUGUCGACGAGAAUGGCAAACAAAUGCAGUCCUCCGGGUUGUCGUCGAUGCUAUCCCCCGAUAACUCCGCUGUUCGCUCCCGCGGUGCUACACCAUCGCCUAACCCGUCCCGCGGAGUGUCCCCCAUACCCAUGAGACAUCCCUCUCGAGCAACCGAAGCUGCCAAUCGUAGCAAGGGAAACAGCUCCUUAGACUUCUUUGAUGCAUCAUGGACAUCGCUUCAAAGUUUAGCCUCGUCGGUACUAGGGAGCGAUAUUGCACGACCGGCCACCACCAACGGAAGUACUAGGACGCAUGUGAGGAAACCCUCCCGUCCAGAUCCUUAUAUGAGGCCCCCUGCACGGACGUCGACACCAGCAACCUGGGGUCCCUCUGCCCCGUCUACGCCGGAAAUUGGAAGCGGAACCCAGGAAGAGAGACAGGCACUAGUGCAGGCAAAGAAAAGGGAAGCCCUAUUAUUAGCAGACACGGGCCCGGCUUGGAGUACAACCCCCCGACACAAACGGCGGGAUUCCAGCGAUCGGACGGGUCAUUCGAAUAUUGAUCCUGACCUCGACGAGGAUGCCUUAGCUUAUAUACAUCAUGUACAGUCCACAGAUACCAUUACCGGAGUUACGAUACGAUAUGGAUGCCAGCCCGCGGUAUUCCGAAAGGCCAACGGCUUCUGGCCUAGCGAUAACAUUCAAGGCCGAAAAACGGUCCUUCUGCCGGUUGAUUCGUGCUCGGUCAAAGGACGGCCCAUCCGGCCUAGAAUGGGAGAGGACCUUCUAGGAGAUGGUCGCCAGGAAGGCGAAUCUUUGGAGGAUAUGAACGGCAGCUCAAUAGCACCAAUUCCAUCGUCUACGUCUGCCGAGGGGGGAACAUCUGCGUCUCCUGCGGCAGAGAUUGAAGGUGACCGAAUAUGGAGGCACGAGUCGUGGGUACAUAUCGAGGGCUUUCCUGCGCCGGUUGAAAUUGGCCGCGUCCCCCGCAGAGCAUUGGGGUUCUUCCCACGAACGCGGCGGAAAUCGGUUUCGUAUUCGGACUCGGUGUCGUCUCCAUUAUCUGGACGAGGCACAACUGCUCCCUCAUCGCCUUCGCCAAUCGAAUCGGGAUUUGCUCAGCCAGUCAUUCCCAAAUGGAGUCGCCCGCACGCCGAUUCGUCUGCGUCACGUACCUCUUCCAAAGGCAAGCCGGGCAUUCGCCAUCAACGCCAGCGCAGCAACAUCCAAUUGUCGGGACCUGGCGUUGGCACUCUCGACCAUGAUGCAAAUGCACCAGGCCCCGCCAUGGACGGACUUAGCAAAUUCUUUGCACAGCAUAUGCCGAAUCUUGCGCCCGUGGCUCGCCCGCCGAAUUUCGAAAGCUCGUCGGAAAGUGUGUCGACGGCGGCCGCGAACACACCAACCAGCCUGGACAACCUUGGCGGAGCAGUCGAGUCGUGGGUCAGGAAAAUGACGACUCGAGCCAAGGCCAGCUUGAAUGAACUGCAGCAGACGCCUGGCCCGGUAACCCAUGACCCCGCACAGGCCGUUGGACGACGCGGCAACGGCGAUCUCAUCGAGCUGGACGACGGGAUGGAGUCUCGCAGCUCGUCGAAUGCGAUCUCCGAGCCUCGGUGGAGACCCGAUUUGCUACGGUCGGGAUCAAGCCUUCACGAAGGAACAGCGUUGCGGGGACGUUUCCUCAGCCCUUCACCUGGGACGAGCCGGACUCGUUCUGGAGGGGACAGGGCGAAAGAUGAUUGAUGGGCAAAUACGCUCCCGAGCGCGCCAUCUCCGUGGCUCGGAAGCUUGCUCCUUGAUUUGUUGUUUCAUAAUACUUAUUUUUGCUCUUUCGCCCGAGUGCAGUGGUGACUGCAUGAC